CUCGCACUCGGGCUCUCAAGGUGUUCUCCGCACAGCGGAAGAUGGCGACAGACUGAGGGGGCAUGGCCAGCAGGAGCCACGGGGCCGUGCCGCUUGGCGGCCGCCACAGCGGUGCUAACGGGAGACGGAAGCGAGAGGCGCACUAAGUGAAGCCCCGUGUCGGCGUCCGGCGCCUGUGGCGCCGCCAGGAGCCAGGUGGCCCGCCCGAGCCGGAACUCUGAGAGCAGCAGGCGCGGAGCCGGAGCGGAGCCGGCCCGGGCGAACGGCCAGAGCGCGAGCGAAGCCCGAAGGGCCGGGCAGUGGGCCGGCCGGCGGGCCUAGGAGGGCGCAAGCGAGGCAGGGAGCGGCGCGGAGCAGGCAGCGGACGAGCGGGCGGGAGCGGCGCGGCGCGGGGCGGCGCGGCGCGGCGCGGCGCGGCGCGGGGCGAGCGAGCGGAGCGCGGUGGCUGGGCCCGCACGGCGGCGCUGAGGGGCGCAGAGCUGCGCUGAGCCGAGACGGCCAGAACAGAGUGCGAGCCGGGCGGCCGCCGGCGCGGAGUGGAGUGGCGCGGAGCGGAGUGGCGCGGAGCCGAGGGCAGCUGAGGGGCCCGACACUAUGAGGAGUGCGGCGCCGCCGCCGCAGCCGCCACCGCCCCAGUGCCCCGCACCGCCCCCCGCCGGGACACCGGGCAGUGCCUAGCGGGCCGGGCGGCGGCGCCCAGACUGCGAGCGAGGGAGCGCGGGAGGAGCGCGGGGACGGCACGAGAGCACCCCGCGACUCUGGCCUUGAGCGGGGCCCCGGGCCGGCUGGCCUGCUUCACCAUGCAACCCCCGAGGUAGAGCCUGGACGGCGCCAAGGAGCGCGAAGCGGCGCGCAGCCCGCUCUCCCGCCAGUGACGGCCGUCCGGCCUCGCGCCUACCUGAUCCCUCCAGCCCGGACCCCCCUGAAAUAUGUUCAGGGGCGCUUGGAUGUGGCCCGGGAAAGACGCCGCCGCGCUGACUAUCUGCUGCUGCUGCUGCUGGGCUCCCAGGCCAAGCGACAAACCUUGCGCUGACUCUGAGCGGGCGCAGCGAUGGCGACUGUCCCUGGCGUCCCUGCUCUUCUUCACCGUGCUGCUCGCUGACCAUCUGUGGCUGUGCGCGGGGGCCCGGCCCCGGGCCAGGGAGCUGAGCAGCGCCAUGCGGCCGCCCUGGGGGACCGGCUGGGAGCGGCAGCCGAUGCCUCCUCGCGCGGUGCUGCCCCUGCGGCCGCCGCCGCCCGGCGAGCCCAGCGCAUCCCCGGGCACCUGCGGCCCCCAAUACAGCAACCUGACCAAAGCUGCCCCCGCUGCCGGUCCCAGGCCGGACUGCGGUGGCGUCCCAGAGCCCACGGGGCUGGACGCAGCUUGCACCAAAUUGCAAUCUUUGCAGAGACUUUUUGAACCGACUACUCCAGCCCCCCCACUGCGGCCCCCUGACUCCCCUUCCCGUGCCCCGGCCGAGUUCCCCUCCGCCAAAAAAAACUUGCUCAAAGGCCACUUUCGGAACUUCACUCUCUCCUUUUGCGACACCUACACGGUCUGGGACUUGCUGCUGGGCAUGGACCGCCCCGACAGCCUGGACUGCAGCCUGGACACCCUGCUGGGUGACCUUCUGGCCGUGGUGGCCAGCCCGGGCUCCGGGGCCUGGGAGGUGUGUAGCAACUGUAUAGAGGCGUACCAGCGGCUCGACCGACAUGCUCAGGAAAAAUAUGACGAGUUCGACCUCGUGCUGCAUAAAUACUUACAGGCAGAAGAGUACUCAAUCCGGUCCUGCACGAAAGGCUGUAAGGCUGUCUACAAGGCCUGGCUGUGCUCAGAAUACUUCAGCGUGACCCAGCAGGAAUGCCAGCGCUGGGUGCCCUGCAAGCAAUACUGCCUGGAGGUGCAGACCCGGUGCCCCUUUAUACUCCCUGACAAUGAGGAAAUGGUGUACGGAGGGCUUCCUGGCUUUAUCUGUACAGGGUUGCUGGAUACUUCACCAAAGCGGCCGGAAACCAAGUGCUGUGACGUGCAGUGGGUAUCCUGUGACUCGGAGAAGAAGAAGUUCAAGGAGACUGAGGCCCCCAAAACCCACCACCAGCAAUUCCAUCACUCCUAUUUCCACCACUACCACCAACAGUACCACCACUACCAUCCCCGCCAUGACCCUCCAGGCCACAUCAGCCACAAGCCCUCCAUGCUGCCGGUCUCUGGGGGCUCCCGCCUCAGCCCCAGCAGGAUCCGGCUGUAUGUCCUUGUUCUCAUGCUCCUCCAUACCAUGGUGUCCUUCUCCAGUAGCCAGGGUGGUGGAGGACUGGGGCUGGAGGCACUGCCUACCCUAGAUGAGGGCCUGACUCGGGAAGAGUGACAGCAGGGAGGGAGGACAGACCUCCACCACACACUGACAGCAGCUCCAGCCCCCCAGGGGGAGGGGGAGGGGCUCCUCCCAUGGGAGGUAUAGGACCAGGUGGGGGGCGGGGGGAAAUGGGGGGCCACACACCACCCCAGCCUACCCCCACCCCAAAAGCAGCUCCAACAGAAUGGCCAGAGGGCCCCAGGGAGCUGCAAAACUCAUCCGGGAGUAAAAGGCAGGAGCAGCAGAUGCCCCCCCUCAGGUCCCCAUCUAUGGGGCUUAGCAAAAAAAGGGGGGGGAGUGGGGGCUAGAAGUACCCACUCCUGCUGAGAACCCUGACCCCAGGGAAGGAGGCUACUCACCCAGCCUUGGCCCUGCAGGGAAUGUUGGGGGCACAGAGGGGAGAAGCUCUUUCCCCUCUCCACAUUCCUUUUGUUGCCACGAUCCUUAAUUCCCUCCUGCCCAUACCCCUACAGGCAAUGGCAGACGGUGCAGUGGCCCUCCUCCCACUCCAGUGCACCUUGCCCCACGUGGGGCCACCACAGGGAAGUGCCAGGCUGGGAGAUGAGGUGCACACAGUCGCGACUAGGCCGGGGCCCCAGUUAAGCUGUGCCCCACCACUGUAGGCAGUGAGGGGUAGUAAUGGGGUACAGAGUGGUGAGAGAGAGUAGAGAUAGGGAAGAGGGAAAGGAGAGAACAGGACAGGAGGGGAGAGGAGAGAUGAGAUGUGGGCAGAGGGCUUAGAGAAAUGGCUGAAUGGUCUAUAGUCACCUGGCUUUGGAAAGAAGGACGAUCAGUGUUGAGGCAGGCUCGAGGACACCUCCCCAAAUCAGAAAGGGUUGCAUAGAGUCCUGUGGGGAAACAGCACAGGAACCCGGUUGUUGGGCCUCAAAACAGAAGUCUGAGAGCACAUGGUCAGACUGCCACUGUCUGAAGGGCCAUUAUCUUACAGAAGGUGCACAUACUUCCAAGGGCCAUUCUUGCCCUGGAGAUCUUGGCCUUGAGGCCAAAGAUGUUUCCAUUUCUGAUCUCCAUAGGGAGGAGGGACUUAAGUCCAAGUGGGUCAGGCCUGGCCUGGGUCCCCAUACACACUCAUUUUGUCCUAGCCCAGGCCUCCAUGAAGGAGAACCUGGUGGCAUUGCCCCAGGGCUUUCCAGAGAUGAGACUCCCCCAUCCCCACCCUGUCCCCAUCCCCAGCCUACCAAAGAGUAUUCAUCCCUUCCCAUCCCUGACCCCAUGGGUUACUAUCUGAACUGUGGAACAACCAGACUCUUCCUCACCCUGUAGAGGGUCCUCUGAUCCAGCCACCCCUGCCUGCCCCUUCCUGAAGAAAGUCUAGAGACAGGCCAGGGGACCCACUGAAUAAGGAUAAUGUGCUAUUGUCUCUUGACUGAGACACUUGAGUUAUUUAGUCAGGCUAGAGGGCUAGACAAGAAAAGAAGCAUCGAGAGGCCCUUGGAGGCUGUUAGCCUUGUGCUGAUCUCCAGAGAGUCGGAGGCUACAUCACCCGGGACCUCUAAAAGCCAAAAGGAGCAGACAAGAAAGGGCACAAGAACUGUGUUCCUGCAAUGGGCCAAGUGGCAUUCGGUACCAGAAAGGCCUGUGUCCUAGGCUGUGAUGCCAAUGAGUUAAGGGGACGAGUGGGCCUAGAGCUGCAUUAGGUGAAACCAAGAAGUGGUUGGCAGGGGAUAGAUGGGAGACCUCCUAGUAGAGAGGGAAUCAUUUAAGGACCUCUGCUGGGUCCCAGAGAGGCUUUGUGAGACCGGGGAGUCCUUCCCUGCUGUUUUUCUCAUUUCUCACAGCCUGUUUCCCUCCCCCAACCCCUGUGCCCCACCCACACACUCCCCUGUUUGGCCCUCAGCACUUCGGGCCUAGCCACAUACCCCAUCCCUAGAGUGCUCUUUUCAGCUGGGGAGGGGAAGAGGUGCUGGCUCCUUUCCAGAGACGCUUAUGUAGAUGUGAGAGACCCUAGGUACAGCCUUCUAACUCCUGUAUCCUCAGGAGGGGAAAAGGGACUGGGAAGUAAAGGGGGACCUUAGGGUCCCAAAGAACGGACCCUUGGAGACUCCCAUCCUCUCUUCCCCCUCACCAAGUGCCCAGGAGACCCCUGGCUCAGACCAGCCCAGGGCCUUGCCCAGUGGCAGGGGAAAGGGGCACCUCACUCCACCUCAAAGUCAUUUGACUGUCCCUGUUCACCUCACCACCCAGAUCUUCCACCACCCCUCCAGCUGCCCCUGCCCUCCGUCACAGGCAGCAGAGCUGGGCAGCUUUCUUAUGCCAUUUUCUACACUGUGCUUCAUGAGUAGAACUCUCUUGCACUAGUUCUUAUGACUGAGUCUCCAAGCUGGAUUCCUAGUAGCCCCCCCACCCCCACCGUCCCUUCCUCCCUCACCUGGCUAUGAUUCAGUUGUUCCCCUUCCCCUGCCUCUGUGUUUCGGUGAGAGUCUCUGUAUGUGUAUUGCUUUCUGUUUUGUUGCAUUGUAGAGCAGAGGCCUUUCUGCUCUUGUUUAACCCCAUAAAGAAAUAAAUGGUAAGACUUGAUGAUAA